UGACAGUUGAAUUUGUCAAUUUCUGUUGACGUUCCUUUUUCACAAAAUUUUCGCUGUUUAACUCGUGGCGUGUGUAUUCUCAAUUUUUUCUGCUUAAUUAUCCGCACAAAAGAUGCCCGGAGUUGACACAAUUAAAUCUUCUUGGGCCGAUGAGGUCGAGCUCGACUAUGGCGGUCUGCCUCCUACCACUGAGACCGUUGAAAACGGCUACAAAUACGUCACAGAAUAUAAGUACAAUAAAGAUGACAAAAAGGUAAAAGUUGUGCGCACUUAUAAAAUUUCCAAGCAAGUUGUGCCAAAAACUGUUGCUAAACGGCGCACUUGGGCGAAAUUUGGUGAUUCAAAGAACGACAAACCCGGCCCAAAUUCACAAACAACUAUGGUGUCUGAAGAAAUAUUCAUGCAAUUUCUCAACUCCAAAGAAGAAGAGAAGGCCAAUGAUCAACUACUUGAUCCCUCAAAGAACAUUGCCAAAUGUCGUAUUUGUAAUGGUGAGCAUUGGUCCGUGAAUUGUCCGUACAAAGGCACAGCUAUGGAUACGAAUUUAAUGGAGAAGAAGGCUGCAGCUGCUGCGACAGCAGCGGUCGAAGCGCCCAAAUCUGGAAAGUAUGUGCCACCCUUCCUUAAGGACAGUCAGAAAGGUGGAUUAGGCAUGCGUGGACGUGAUGAUACCGCCGCUAUCCGUAUUUCCAAUUUGUCUGAGUCGAUGACAGAGGCCGAUCUGGAUGAAUUGGUAAAGAAAAUUGGUCAGCAUAGCAAAAUGUAUUUGGCGCGUGACAAGAACACUGGGCUGUGCAAAGGUUUUGCUUAUGUACAUUUCAAACAACGCAAGGAUGCCGCUGCUGCUAUUGAAAUUCUCAAUGGACAUGGUUAUGAUCACUUGAUUUUAAAUGUGGAAUGGUCGAAGCCACAGACCAACUGAUCGAUAAUGACAAAGGAUGCUAAGUUAGCCAGAGAACAGCAACAGCAGAAACAACAUUAAAAUAGUUUUAUAUUAUGAAAAGAAAAUUUUCUCAUAUACGAGUAUAUUUAGAAUUUCAUUCACUGUCUUACAGUAAGGGAUACUAAUUGCAAAGGCAUAAUGAAUUAUCAAAUAAAUAAUCAAAUUAUAGGUAUAAAACUAGA